AUAGUAAGUGGCUGUGCAGAGGGAAGGCUGAUACAGACGUUUGCGUUAUUAGUCGCCGUUCGAGAUGAUGAACACGAGUGCCGCUUGAACGGAAUGUCAUAUUAGCUUUCAUUUGGAUCCAAUACUCAAACCUAGUUGUUAUCGCACACGCAACUGGGCGAUAGCAGAAUUCCAAGGCUCAUAUUAACCAUUUUUUAUUAGCUGCCCAAUUUGGCUUUUCUUCACAAAGACAGUUCACACAUACAGAAACAAAGUGGAUUUAACAGUGGCUACGUGGUUUCCCCGCACUCCAAGAUGCUUCUGGUCUCCCAGCGGCUAGACUCACCUCGCAUGGACCCAUUACUGCCAGGAUCCCUGAAGAGGAAAUUGACUGGGACUGUGGAGGGUUCUGCAUCACUAAACGGGGUCUCUGACACGUCUAUGACACACGGAGGUGCAAAACGACUAUGCUUAGAAGAUGUCACACUUGCCAGGGGCUCCAACUACCCUCAACCCCUAUUCCCAUCUGGGAUGGGCAACCAAGGAGGUGUACUGGAAGGCAACCGUCUCAAUAGUAACAACAACAGUUUGGGUUCUCCAUAUUCUGUACCCCCAAUUGCUAGUCCUGGAUCAGCUUCAGGUGGUGGAGGAGGCUCGGGGGGGUUGACAAAUAAUUUCAACCUAAAUGGGAGUUCAGCCACUCCUUCAGUGGAGCAGGAACUGCAGGAGAUUUUGGAUGAACUUACAAAUAAUCCUGAUCCCACUCUACCACAGCUUGACAUCGAGAAGAUCUUGGGAAAAGAAAGCGAUGACCAGGCAAUUAAUGCUGGAGGCUUUGUCCACCCGGAGGGUAACGGGACACCCAAAAGGUCUCCACAGAGACAGUCACAUCUGGAGGCCCACCUCACUCAAUCCCCUGGUUUCUCUCAGGCUGGUUCCCCUCAGAUGGGUCCAAGUCCUGCAGGGGCACCAUAUACCCUGCCACAGCCUUCCAAACCAGUUCCAUCUCCUCUCUCCGCAUCACCCCUUUCUUCCUCCUCUUCACAAGGACAGAACCAAGCACGGUCACCCAUGCUCACUGCGGCCCUAUCAAGCCGCCCUGCAUCCAAUUGGCAUGAGGUAUCUCGGGCCCAACAUCUUCAGCAGAUGGCGUCAAAUAGUAAGCACCAUUCUAACACUAGUGCAGGUCAACCACCUGCUCAAUCAGGGUUGUCAGGAUUGGGUCAGCAGGGCACCUCCUGGGCUGGUCCUUCACCACCCUACCGAUCAGGGGAUAAACUGCCUAACUCUUCUCCUCACCAGCAGCCCUUUAGCCCAGCAGGUAAUAAUCAGAACCCCCAGAGCUCUCUUAUCUCUAGCAUGGCUCCAGCUCCAUCCACAGGACCUUCACCACCCUACAGACCAGAAAAGCUAGCCAGUCCGGCAAUUGCUCAGCCCCCUUUUAGUCCCCAGAACAGCCUUCUGUCUGGAAAUGCCCCAUCAGGGGGUUUAGGCACUACCAUUCAAGGUUCUCAGGCAAGUUACCUUCCUGGUGUGGUCCCAACGUCGAGCAGCACUCGACCAUCACCUCCGUAUCGACCAGAUAAACACCCAAACCCAGUUGGGCAGUGCCAACCAGGGACACAACCCCCCACCCAAGGACAUCUUUUCAACACACAAAAUAAUCAACCACCUGGAAUGUCUAGUCAGCUUUUCAAGGCCAUGACAUCCACCCAGCCACCCAACAGUCUCCUCAUGCAGGCACGGACAGCACAGGGAAAACCCUCACAGCUGCAAAUAAGCAAGGCUACCACAGGUGGUAUGGGCCCAGAACCUUACUCAUUCAACAACACCAAACCAUUACGACAUUUUGACCCUGAUCCCUCUGUGACCAAACUGGGUCCUCUGGCUGUGGGAGGAUACCGCAGUGCUAGUAUGCAGUCCACACCACCCACAUCAGCCACAGGACACGCUCGUCUCUUGCCGCAGCACAUGCAAAGGGGGAUGCAGGCAGGUGGCAUCAUGCCUCACUGCAGAGAUGAUCAAGGUGCAGGAAUGGUGCCACAUCUUCAGGACUCUCCGUCAGCAGUGCAACGACAGCCCCAAGGCAGCAACUACAACCUUUUGCUGAAGAAUCAGCUAUUAAGCAAACACCUUCAACAGCAGCAGGAAAAGCAAAGGCAAAUGGAACAAAUGAAUGGAGCGCAGAUCACAGACUGCCAACAGGUUUCACAAUUUCAAGGUCCAGGUCGACCACUUCCUCCAGAGUGUGGUGGUUAUGCUAUGGGGCCUUCUCAACAGCCCAAUCCCACCAUACUCUCCCAUAGUGGCCCUUUACCCACAAAUCGAAUGGGCCUUUCCUCUGGCUCUGUGUCCCAGAUGGGCCCUAGCGUUGGAGGAUACAUGUGUAACAAAGGCUCCAAACAACCCCUGUGUCAUCCUUCACAAGACUUUGGGAUGGCAAUGCAGCCAGGCCAGAUUAUAAUGGGAAUGGGUGGACCUCCACGUCAACCGCUACACCCAGCUCACGGUGUGACCCGACCGGGCGUGCCAUGUCCCAACUUAACACGGGGUCCUGUUCCGACUCACCACCUGCGGCAAGCGUUGCACCAAGUUGGAGCUCUUCCUUCACGUAUGAUGUUCCCUUCUCAGCAGCAACCCUCGUCACAAUCCCAGCUUUGGCAGCACCAUCAGGGGGUGCAACCACAUAUGGACCCUGCUACCCUCCAACAUCCAUUCCCCAGUGGAGGAGCCCCACCUGGUUGUGGGGGGUCUCAGUUUCCACAGAGAUCCAGCAUGGCAGGUAUGCCAAACAACUUCCCCGGUGCCCGUCCUCCCCCUAACCAGGUAGCCCAUGGUCUGGUGGGCAGACAGGAACAGAAGAUCCCCACUGGCCAGCCCCUCCCCUCCAUAUCUCAACACAGCCUCAGAAUCAGAGGUCCGCUUUCUGCUCUUGCUGUCAUGAAACCUGGAGGUCCAUCUAUGAUGCACCCAGUUCAUGGCAUGGCUCCUCCGAGCUACCAGACUGCUUCUGCAGGCAAACAUUGUUCACCACAGGGCUACGGCCCUGGACACAACCCUGGACAUAAGCUUCCCUCCUAUGACUACACCCCGCAGCAUCAGAGCAAUGGGGCAAUGGGGCUACAAGGGCCUGGAGGAGGAGGAGGUGGUGGUGGGGAGGUAGACUUCAUAGAUACUCUGGUAGGCAGCAGUGAAGACUGGCUCAACAAUCUCACCAUGAUUGAUGAGUACCUUGAGCAAAACUCAUAGGGACAACAGAUCAAGAGCUUCCCUGGUUUUGAAAAUCACUACACACAGUGCCAGAACUGAGAUUGAGGGUUCAUCCCUCUGUAAUGGUAUAAACCAUAUUUGUCAGGGCUUGCAUUGGUGAGACUGUAUUGGUGGAAAUGAUGCACUGCUAAAGGCGUAAUCACAUUUUCCUUUGCAUGGUGCAAAGGAAACUCAAGGUACUCAAGGUAGUUCAAGUUUGGUGAAUUUUGGCAAAUUCACUGCGUUGACCAAUUGGAAUUUGCAUGGUUUGGCAGUGACCUCUGUGAGGGUGGUGCUUCUUACAGAGCUACACUGAAUAUUCACGAUGGACAAGGAAAUAAUUUUAGCAGUGAGUAUUUUUUUGUAACCUCACUCAGUGCAGCAUUAGAAAGAGGCUGCUUGACUAUUAGUUUUUUGCUGGUUUCACACGUGCUCAACAUCUGCCCAUGCCCUCCGUGCCCGUGGAAUUUCGCCACGUGAAGGUAAAUGUGAUUGCUCCUUAAGCCCUCUGAAAUGGUUUUGGCACCCAGGUCUAUAAAUAGAGUUUAAAAGGCAGAGGGGUCAUCAAAUAUGCCUAUUUUAUAAGAUUCCCUUUCCUUUGGCAACAACUGCUCAAGGAUGCUCUUGAAGUGCUUGAAGUGCACUUUACUAGGACAAUAUUGUAACUUUCUUUAAAUUUAAUAUGGAGUGAAACACUGAUUUAUGAAUACUUGGGCUUUCCCCAGCAUUGUAAUGAAAGUUCUCAUGGGUUGUGGUAACAGUAUUGUCUCAAGUCAGACCAGGCAGAUAUGUGUAGCUUUUGAAGCUACAUUGUAUUUGAAAAGCCUUUACAGUCAAAAUAUUAGGAGGGGAUUUCAAAAGGGGCUCGUUCUGUACAUAAAGUAUUUUGUAAAAUAUGGGUUCUUAAACUGUAACAUACAAAAGAGAAGUACACAUAUUUAUGCUUCUUUUCAGCAAAUAAAUUCUUCAGAAUUUCCCUGUACAUAAUUAUCAAAAUGAUAAAUAAAUUGAUUCAAUGAUGUAAAGAAAUAAGCAACACAUUGUAAUGUUUUACACUAGGAAACUGUGUAAAACUCUGUUGUAAUUUGUAUUAUGCAAGACAGUAUGGUUAGUUUUGGAGUAAUACUAUGUAUUACAGUGUAGAAGAAAUUAUGUUUUUGACAUAACUGGACUUCUGGAACUCCAGUCUGGCUCAAGAGGGUUUAUUUUGUGUGUUUUUUGUUUUUUUUAAUUGUGAGGUUUGGAGUACAGUGUUUAUCAACCUUGUUACAUCAUUUCAUUUUGACAUUACUUGCACAAAGUCCAGAUUUCCUUGUGUCAUAUUGCCAUAGCAUAAUACAUUUUAUACUAGACACCAGUGUCUUUGUAAUAAUCUGUUCCAUAUGACAAGAUAUGAAAUAAGGAUCUUGAAGUUUUCUGGAUCAAGGACACUUGUCAGCAGUUCUAGGAAUGUCUUCUGUAAGUGCACACCAGCUACACUGCAACUGCAGCCUCAGUGUAGCAGAAAGACAAAAAAAUCACACCACCUUUUAUGCAUUACAAGAGCAACACUUGUCACAGUAAGUGCAUCAAACCCACGGUCGUUUGUGCCAGAGUGCUGGGUUUCCAAUAGUUCAUUACUAUGUAGUUGAGGACAUGAACUUAAAGACAUUCUGAUUUGUGAUUCAUUGUGUUUUAUUAUAUUUUGUCGUCAUAUUUUUAGAUCGAAAAAUAAACUGUAUAACACGAAAAAUAAACUG